CCCAAGCCUGCAAGAGAGGACAAGGACACAGUAGGACGGGACCAGGGCCAGCGGAGGGAGUAGAAGCUUCUUGCUGUCCAAGGUAUCUGAGAUGAAUCCCACAAGCCCGUUCUUUGGUACAACAGAAUAUGACUAUGGAUAUGAUGAAAACACUGCUCCAUGCAACGAAGGAAAUGGCUUUCACAGGUUUAAAUCCCUCUUCCUGCCCAUUCUUUACUGCCUUGUGUUUGUCUUCUGCCUUCUGGGAAACUCCUUGGUCCUUUGGGUACUCCUGACCAGGAAAAGGCUGACGACAAUGACUGACAUCUGUCUGCUGAACCUCGCAGCCUCUGACCUUCUCUUUGUUGUGCCUCUCCCUUUCCAAGCCCACUAUGCUUCAGACCAGUGGGUUUUUGGCAACGCUAUGUGCAAGAUAAUGGCUGGCAUUUAUUACACAGGGUUUUACAGCAGCAUUUUCUUUAUCACCCUCAUGAGCAUUGACAGGUAUAUCGCAAUUGUCCAUGCUGUCUAUGCCAUGAGGAUACGGACAGCCUCCUGUGGUAUAAUCACCAGUUUAAUCCUCUGGCUGGUGGCUGGCUUGGCUUCUGUACCCAACAUCAUGUUCAACCAGCAGCUGGAAAUCGAGCAGUCUGUGCAGUGUGUCCCCAUAUACCCCCCAGGAGACAAUACCUGGAAGGUUGCUUCUCAGUUUGCAUCCAAUGUUUUAGGCCUCUUGAUUCCCCUUAGCAUCCUCAUCUGCUGCUAUGCCCAGAUACUGAAGAACCUGCAAAAAUGCAAAAACCGGAACAAGAUCAAGGCCAUCAAGAUGAUCUUCAUCAUCGUCAUUGUUUUCUUCCUCUUCUGGACUCCCUUCAAUGUUGUGCUGUUCCUCGACUCCCUGCAGAGCCUUCACAUCAUCAAUGACUGCAAGGCGAGCUACCAGAUAGCCCUGGCUCUGCAGCUGACGGAAACCAUCUCCUUCAUCCACUGCUGCCUGAACCCCGUCAUCUAUGCCUUUGCUGGGGUGACAUUCAAGUCCCAUCUGAAGGGACUGCUGCAGUCCUGUGUCCGUGCCCUCACCAGCCCUGUUGGAGGUGCUGGGGGUGGUCAGUUGUUCCCAACACCCAGCCAGGUCUCCAGCUGCUCGGACAGUGCAGUGAUCCUGUGAGCCCAUCCGAGCUGCCUUCUUCCUGUGGGAGUAGUUGGCCUGAGGUCCAACGUGGACCUGGAGGCUGGUACCAUGUGUGCAGCAUCCUCUUGGGAGAACCAGUAUACCUCCUUUUGGGAUAUGCUGUGAACAGAAGAAGAGGCCAUGUUAGUUUCCUAAGAGCCCUGGUGUGUUUGUAAAAUGGUGACCUUACAAGCUUGCCACAGAAUGGGUUUUAGUUCAGCUUUAGAGCUCUUUAUUUCAGCAAGUAGCAUGCUUCCUCUGCUAUUUAUUUUCUCUUCUGACAAAAGCAGCAUUUCUGCCUCACCCCAGACUAUGUUCUGCCUUAUGGAAGCUGUUCCAUACGUGAAUCCCUACAUCCCUGGGGCAGGCAUGGGACAUUCCUCUAGGAAGGUGUGGGAUUACUUCACAUUGCAAAGAGGGAAUCACCUCAGCCACUGUCACCAUUCUCAUUUCACUUCAGCUCCCAGAUAAAGAGACCAC